AGCCGGUUAGCUCUUUCUGGUAGUGUAGUAGAAGCAGUCAGGGAUCAUCUAAACCAGCCCUCUAUGUGUUUGGUCAGAGGGUGGAAAAGCCAGGAUGAGCACUCCUAGUUUAGUCGUUUGGCGUGGUGCUACUGGAUGCUUCUGAUCAAUAGAACGGGAAGAGUAGGAAAAAAAGCUUAUGAUGAGCAUCUAUUUGAGUCGAUCAUUUCCAAGAUCUAAUUCCAGUUUAUUCUUAUGUAGUGGAAAGGCCUUACAAUCUGAAGUUUUACGCUUAGGGGAAGAAAUGUUCUUGGUGGAUGCAGGACCUGGGACCCCCAGAAUUUGUAUGCAAGAUGAGCCUACAGGAGUGCCAAUCAACCGAGCCACCAGGUUUGAGAAUAAGGUGGGAUCCCUGGAUCUAGUGGCCGGUGAAUCACUGAUCAAAAAGAAGAUUUUGGAGAGAUUAUUCAUCGAUCUAGUGGCCGGCGAAUCACUGAUCAAAGAGCGAGCAGCCGCCAGGUUUAAUGAUUUGGUGGGAUCCACAGAUGUAGUGGCUGGUGAACCGCUUCUUCUUCCACGAAGAUUCAGACAAAACCUAGCUUGGAUGGAACUGAACAAGAUUUGGCGAACGAAUACAAAGGUAAAAGGCUUUAUUCUUAAGAAAGUAAAAGGAGGUUAUUCAGUAGCCAUCGCGGGUUUCAUUACUUUUCUUCGAUUCCGUUCUCACAACAAAAGAAGAAGGAAAAAGAUAUCGAAUAAUCGAUUCACCAUUAAGAGCAUUAACCCCAAAAGGACGAAUAUUGUGGUGUUCUAACAGCGGCAGAUCAAACAAGAACUUUAUGAGCGAAAUCUGCUGACGAAAAUCUUUCCUUUUUUUUUCAAUUCCGAAGCGAAACCUAGCGUCUCCUGAUAACACUCUAUCACCUUAAUAUUCUUUUGUUGAGGGUCUGGCACUUAUUACAGGCCGCUCUGUCAUUGUC